GUAACCGCCAACAUGCCCCCGCGGCGAAGAGCCCAGUUUACGCAGGAGUCCAUUGACCAGCAGCUACAGCAAAUCCAUCUCCUCGACCCGUCUUCCUCGUCAGAAAACCUUGAACAAUUAGGGCCAAUAAUCAAGACAAUACACGCCAACCGCCAGCAAGAGGCGUUCUUGCGCACUGUCCAAGGGCUCAUUGAAUCCAAAGAUGCAGACAUUGAGAAGAUAUGCGGCGAAAACUACCAGGACUUUAUCUCCUCCGUCUCGACCCUGUUCUCCGUCAAGUCUUACACCGACAAGAUGAAGGAGAACAUCCGGACGCUCGACAACAGUGUUGCCCAGCUUGGGAAGGGGCUCGUGGAGAAGAAACGCGGCUUGCUGCAGUCGAAGAAGACCGCGUCUAAUCUGGACGAAGCUAUCGACACCCUCCAGGCUUGUUUACGGGUGUUGGAUGUCGUGAACCGUGUUCAGGAGAUGGUGCGGGAGGGAAAGUACUGGAGCGCGUUGCGGUCCCUUGAAGACAUCGAAAGCAUGCCUCCGACCUCACUCUCCCAAACACCGUUCUUCCAAUAUCUACUUGCUGCACUGCCUUCUCUGCGGGUCCAGAUCAAGGACGCCGUUAAUUCUUCCAUGAAGCAAUGGCUCCUCGAAAUACGGAAUAUAAGCGGAGAUGUUGGCGGUGUCGCGCUCGACCAGAUGGAGAGUCGAACACGGAAAUGGCGCUCAAGACGCGACAAAGAUCCGCUGCUACGGAUGAGUCGGGUCGGGAGUGCUGUGGAAAUGGUUACGUUUGAGAAGAACGACUUCGAUGUUCUUAAUAACGAGCAAAUAAGCGUGGAUUUCAAACCGCUGUUUGAGUGCAUACACAUCUAUACGACGCUGGACUCGUUGGAGGACUUGCAAAAGUCGUAUCAAGCUGACCGUAAGGCCCAAUCCGACCUCAUUCUCCCAUCCCCACUCCCGCUUGCCUCCCUACCAUCUCUCAUCCAAGAAAUAUCAGGGUUCUUCAUUAUUGAAACCCAUGUCCUGCAAACAACGGGCAACUUCCGGUCAGAACGAGACGUGGAGGAACUUUGGGACAGCGUUCUCGCUCGGUUAACGACUGGCAUAGAUUACGCGCUCAGAACAGAGACGGAUCCAGAUUCCUUCCUAGCGGUCAAGGAAAGCCUGCUGAGCUUCAUCGUCACCCUUGAGUCGUCAAACUACUCGACCCUUCCUCUACAUUCAUUCAUUAUCGUGUUGUUCGAGAAAUACGCUCGUCUGCUGGAGACGCAGUUUAACAAGCGCUUCGAUGAUAUCGUCAAACAAGACGACCACCUUCAAAUGCAAGUUGAAACGCCCAACCAGAUGAAGAUGGUCCUCGACGUUGUUUGGAUAGAUGCUUCCGAACGAAAGGCCAUCGAAGAGAAUCCUACGCCCUACAACCUUCCCUGGUCACAAACCUUCUACUUGUGUUGUCAAGAUAUUCGAUCAUUCAUCCAGAAAUUCUACGCUUUUGUCGAAGGCGUAUCCCAACACCACCGCAACAUCGAUGAACUCUUGAGCAAGUCCCUCGACAGCCUCCUCAUCAACCACAUCAGCAAGACGAUCAGCCAGCGCCUCACCAGUCUUUCAACGCUGACCCAGAUCGCGCAGAUCGUGACCAACCUCGAGCACCUCCAGGUCACCUGUGGCGAGUUGCAACGCUCGCUAACCAACCUCCGGUCCUCCCAGCGUGGCGGGUCGGUCAUUUUGACAGCCUCUUCCUCCUUCGAGGCAACACUGUCCCGUGCGCUCCAGCGGAUAACAGGGUUAAUAUCGUCCAAACUAGACGACUUCUUUGGGCUGUCGGAGUAUGACUGGACGCCGCGGGGCUGCGAGGACGGGCCGAGCAUGUACCUCUACGAGCUGGUGAAUUGGCUUACGACCGUUGUCGAUGCGCUCGUCAUCAAGGAGGCGUAUAAAGACGAGGCAUAUAAAGGCGCGGUGUCCUACAUUGCUGACUGCCUCAUGGACUUCCUCACCGGCCGGAACAUCCCCAUGAUGAACGAGAACGCCAUCACCAACAUCCUCAUCGACGUCGACUUCCUAGAGGAAGAGCUGCGCCGCAUCGGCAGGGGCCAUUUGUCGGGCGUAUUUGUCGAGCUUCGAACGAUGACGGCAAUCCCGCUCAACAACACCGUGCCAGACUUCCUCGUGCCCGCCAUGCGCCAGACCUCGUUCGCCGCGGUUAAACACAAGAAGCUGCAGUCGCUCUUGGACAAACUUGCCAAAUAUGGCGCAUCCCAGCGAGACGCUCCUUCCAGAGAACUCGGCGACAGAAGGCGAAAGGAGGCUGACGCUGUUGGUCGGCUGUUUCCCGGAGAAGGGCGUUGA